ACCACACAGUCACACACACACAUACAAACUCACCAAUCACAAGAGAUCAACGCAGAAUAAAAACAAACAAGGAAUGAUUUCAGAAACUUAUUAAUCUCUGGUGCCUCGAUAUGGGCAAAAUCUGAUCAUCAUCACUCGUUUUCGACUUGGAUUUCUCAACCUCUUUCGCCGCUUGGAUUCGUUCAAAGGAAAGGUCGGGUGAGCUGCUCCGAUGGCAACUCCUUCCGAUUCUCCUCCUCCUCCCUCCGAUAAUAAAUCCCCUAUCUCAGAGCCUCAGGUUCAGCAAGCUCAAGAAACUGCUAAGAAGGAGGACUCUCUGCCCUCUGUCUUUAAGAACUCUGAACCAAUACGUGAGGAUCAGAUUCAGAACGCUAUCAAGUUCCUUUCUCAUCCCAGAGUUAGAGGAUCCCCUGUUAUACACAGAAGAUCCUUUCUUGAGAAGAAAGGUCUCACUAAGGAAGAGAUUGACGAAGCUUUCCGCCGUGUCCCUGACCCACCACCAAGCUCUCAGACAACUGUUAGCACUCAAGAUGGAAAGCAAGUAGUGUCUAAUGUUCAGCCACAAGGGCAGGUACAACAAGCUAUGCAGCCUGCUCCUGUUGUUAUGGUUCCGCCUCCAAGUUUGUUCUCCCGCUUUCGAUGGUACCAUGCUGCUCUUGCUGUUGGUGUAUUAGCUGCUUCUGGUGUCGGAACUGCUGUUUUUGUUAAGAAAUCUCUCAUCCCCAGAAUAAAAUCUUGGGUCCGUAGAGUUAUGUUGGAAGAAGAAACUGAGCCUCUGAAGAAAGCUGAUGGAAAACCUAGCUUAGCUGAAGAAGCAGUAGCUGCAGCUAAAGCUGCAUCAGCGGCUGCUUCUGAUGUAGCCAGGGUUAGUCAGGAAAUGAUGAUAACGAAGAGUGAAGAGAGGAAAUAUUUCGAGGACUUAACGCACAUGUUAGGUGUCCAAGUACAAGAAAUGAAGGCCUUGAGCAAUAAUAUCCGUAAUCUCGAAGGGAAUUACAACAACCUUCCCAAGGUUUAUUCAGCUGACCAAGAGGUUUACGGUGGCGGUUUGGUCAAAACUCCGGCAGAAAGGAGAUCCUAUCCAAAUGGCAGCAACAUUGAUUAUGACACGCGCUCAGCACGGUCUGCUUCUCCUCCUGCGCCACCAGCUGAUUCUUCUAUGCCCCCUCAUCCAAAGUCAUACAUGGAUAUAAUGUCUAUGAUCCAGAGAGGAGAAAAGCCUUCAAACAUUCGGGAGAUUAACGACAUGCCACCCAAUCCAAACCAACAGCUAUCAAAUCCCCGCACCGCUCCUAAAACUAAGCCAUGGGACUAUGGUCAACCGCCUCAAGACGAGAGUUCCAACGGUGGUCCAUGGUGGCAACAGAAAAACCCUAGAUCCACUGAUUUUGGCUAUGAGACAACAGCGUCCAGGUCCAUCGGUAUCCAAAAUGAAACAAACACAAUGGAACCAGCAGCUCUCCCGAGGCAGCGAUCAUGGGUUCCUCCACAACCACCUCCAGUUGUUAUGCCAGAAGCAGCCGAGGCCAUUCGCCGUCCUAAGCCACUAGCUAAGAUAGACCAAGAAGCAGCUCCUAGUGAUGACCAGACAGGUGUAAGCGACGAGUUACAGAAGAUCACUAAGUUCUCUGAAUCUGGUGGUGAUGAAUCAGGAAACUUGCAGUUCACAGAGAUCCAAGAAGAAACAGAGCAGCAACAAUUUAGCCAAGAAGGGAACUAAAAAGAUGUUUAAUAUAUAGUUUCUUGAUACAAACACGUUUUCUAUGGUUACUUGUAUGAAGUUUGCUUGUAAGAGAACAUGCACUUAGGUGUUGUGUGACUUACCAACUACCUUUAUUUAAUAAUAGUAAUUAGAAGAUUACUUGAUACGCAAGAAAGCUCAAUUCCGUUUAAUAUUAUUGGAUAUUUUUUUAUCACACAAAAUGAGUAGCAAGAAUCGUUACCAUGGUGGUUUCUAAGCUGUAGGAGAAACUAUACAGAGAAAAAGAGUCGUAUUUGGUCUCAGGGAUAUAGCUAAGAGGAAGUAUGAGCGAAGAGCCUGUAAGAAGAAAUCAAAGCGCUGAUCGCAAACGCCACAAACGCUAUAAAAGAAACCGCAAUGGAAGCGGUUGCCAUUUGAGUAAAGUCAUCUUUUCCCCAAUUAGAUACCCAAUCAUCAACUCGAGUA